CCUUUCCCGAUAAGUCCCGUGAUUCGCCCCAAUGCCCAUUUCAUUUCUCUUUUAUCCCUAAACCUUAGGGCUUUGAUUCUCUCCCUCUCUCCCUUCUCUCUCUAAAUUUUAAACAAGUUUUCAAAGAAAAUUCACCUGAAUUCUUGGCUUUACAGCUCCAUUAAAAUUUUUCAUUCUUGUUUUGGUUUGUUGUGGUUGGGGUUUUGAAUUAAAGCGGAGGACAUGGUAGAAGUGAAUCACUGAGAGAGUCUCGUCGGAGUUCGCAAAAUACUAAGAUAAGCCGGAAUUUCGGGAGCUGAUCCGGACAAGGUUUGAGUUGAUGGGAGGGGAGAAAUCACAGAUCGAACAGUUAAGGAUUUGACUUUUGUCACGACGAGAUCAAGCCAUGCCACUUUCUUCACCCCACCCACCCAUCCACCCCAAGCUAAUUAAAUCUGAAAGCUUCAGAUCAAAGGAGGCCUGCAAUUUCUGAAAGAAGCUGAUGAGGAUGAUGAGGAGGAAGAGCUUGUAAUAAAAGAGUUUUCAGAGAGAGCUUUUGAAAGCAGUGCCGCCAGGAAAGAGAAAAAAGCUUUUGGCUUUCUUUCUUUGUUUUCUCGUCUUCUCUCCUCUCUAGUGUUCUGACAUUUCAACGGGUCCUGAACGUGAUAAUAUCAAUCCAAUCAAUCAAUCCCCCACAACACACAAAACGUAUACGUAUGGGGGUUUGUAUGUAUAUGUAUACAUUACACCACAAACCAAAGUACUACUGCGUAAUCAUCAUCAAUGCAAAGGACACCCAAAACCCACCUCUAUAAUACCCCCUCUCUCUCUCUCUCUCUCUCUCUCUGUAGCUGAGCCCUAAUUUCGAUUCUUGAAACCCAGUGCACGAAGUCUGAUUAAAGAGAGAGGUUUUGGGAAAGGUAUGAAAGUGGUAUGGAGAUGGAGGAGAUUGAAGCUCAUCAGGGGUGUAGUAAGUUCCAAAGAAUCGGAAAUGGGAAUGGGAAUGGGGCGAAGAUAGCCCACAACGGAGAUGACCCGUACCCGGACGAAGAAGACGACGGGGAGCUCAAGAGGGGCGGCGGCGGGGCCGCCGCCAGAGGAUUGAAUAUUAGCAGUAGCCAUGGCGUGGGGGUUGGGAGCCUCUGCGGGUGGCCUUCGUCCUCUCGGAUUGUGCGGGUUUCCCGGGCUUCCGGCGGGAAAGAUAGGCACAGUAAAGUACUGACAUCAAAAGGGCUGAGAGACCGACGGGUCCGCCUCUCGGUCAACACGGCUAUACAGUUCUACGAUUUGCAGGACCGUCUCGGGUACGAUCAGCCCAGCAAGGCGGUGGAGUGGCUGUUGAAGGCCGCGGCUCCCUCUAUAGCCGACCUGCCUUCUUUGAACGCUCCCUUCGCCGAGCUGAGCGACGAGCGGAGGUCGAGCGCAGGCCUGCAAGAGCAAGAGCAGGGCGACAUUGAAAUGGAAGGGGAUCACAAUAUGCUGCUCUUAUCCAAGUCUUGUAGUAGCACCUCCGAGACCAGCAAGGGGUCGGGCGGAGGCGGGGGCGCGGGUGCCGGCCUCUCGCUCUCCCGGUCCGAGGGUCGGAUCAAGGCCCGGGAGCGUGCCCGCGAGAGGACCGCCGAAAAGGAGAAAGAGAAGGAAAAGGAGAAUACUAAUGACACCUCGUCCCACCACCACCACCACGAGCACCACGGUGUCUCCGCCCGGCCCCACUCCCACCCCAACCACCACAAUUUAAACCCAAUUUCUUCCUCGUCCUUCACCGAGUUAUUGACCGGAACUACCAGUCCUAGUAAUGUUGCUGCUCAAAGAGACACAAACACAAAUUUCUUUGCUAAAUCUCCGACCCCCAUGGAUUAUUUCACUAGCGGCCUGCUAUCCCGCCCAAUGGAUCAUCACCACCACUCUUCAUCCUCGGCCUUUCCUGGGAACAUUAUUCAUAUGACGAAUCCUAAUAAUCCUCUACCUUCUUCGGUGUCUUCCCCGUUGUUCAAUAUGGGUGGAGGGGAGCUUCAGCACUUCUCCUUUGUUUCAGACCAUUUACCCGCCCCUGCCGGAAAUAAUGGCAAUCCCCAACAACAAAGCACUAACAAUGAGUACAACCUAAGCUUCAGCAUUUCGCCGUCUUCUUCAUCUUCCGGCCUUCCUGCCGGUUUCAAUAGGGGGACCCUUCAGUCCAAUUCUUCUUCCCCGUCUCUCCUGCCUCAUUUCCAGAGGUUUCCUCCCUUAGACGGAUCGUCACCGGGUUUCUUCACCUUCUCGGCCGCCGCCCCUAAUGCCGACAACCACCAUCAGCACCACCAAUUUCUGCCCCGAUUCGACGCCCGUUUGCAGCUCUACUACGGGGACGCCCACCCCGCCGCUCGCCCCUCCGACCACAAGGGAAAAGGAAAGAAUUGAUUUCCGUUCACUGUCACUUCAUCUCAACCCUCCAUCUUCAGACCUGGCAGCAGGUAAGUGAAGAUGGAAGUGUGAAGGGCGGCGCUUAUUGUAAUGGUUUGUGAGAUGGCAUUUUAUGAUCCAUUACAAAGUGAAAAUAUUGUGAGGCACCCAAAAAUAUAGAUGUUGUACACUCCAGGCAGGCAGGCAUAUGCAUUUUGCUAGUUGCUUUUAUGGCUGGCUGUUUGGGUGGUGCCCAGUGCCCAGUGCCCAGUUUGUUAUUUUUGCUGAGAGAUCAGAUGAUAUGUUAGUUUGUUGAUUGAAACAUUAUCCCUUCCCAUCCCCUCCCAGAUUUCGAUCUCUGAUCUGUGUUAGUUUCGAUUUAAGUGUGCAUAACCGCCAUCAAUUGAUCAUAUCAUAUGCUACAUGUUCUUUCAGCAUAA